GUUGGGAAACAACGUAUCUUCUCAUCGAACUCGCACUCACCCACGGACACCCGGGGUGCGAGUUUCAGUUUUUCUAGCCUUUUGAUGCUGCCGGGUUGAAGAGGAUCCGUGUGUCCGUGUGCUCAGUUCGAGAUUGACCUGCGACGGUGGCUGACGCACAUCCGAGAGGGUGCUGGGACAGCUGGGCAGAACGCGAAAGGCAACCGCGCGGAAGAGUUGGUUUGUGGCUUAAAGUUAACAAUAUAGGUGUGUGUGUGUGUUUCGUGUGAAAUGUCAGUUAAUCGCGUUGAAAGAGUGCAUUGAGGUAGAUAGCUCCGAAAGCAGAAAGUGAUGCUUGUUGAAAGUGCAUUAAGAAGGACUGAGUGAUAUCACCGAUUGGAAUAAGGUGUGAAUAGCCUGUGAUGAACUGUUCUGCUACAAAUUUGUUAAAACAGUGUGAAUUGUUCCUGAAGUGAAAGGCGAUUGUUCAACCAUUGUGUAACGGACGUUAAACACAGCGUUUGUGAAGGACUUUUAUUGGAGAAUUUAUUCCAACGUGCAUCCAACUUCUUUUCAAGUUCUGAAAUGAAGACGGAAUUUAAAACAUGCGGUAGCUGUGCGGAACCGAUCACCGAUCGCUACAUCUUCGAGGUGAACGGCAGUGCGUGGCACGGGUCCUGCCUGCGCUGCACCGUGUGCUUCUGCCCGCUCGAGCGUCAGGUCUCGUGCUAUCUGCGCGACGGUGACAUGUACUGCAAAUCGGAUUACAUCAAAAAGUUCAAGACGAGCUGUGCCAAGUGUGCCCGCUCGAUAUCGGCCACCGAUUGGGUACGGCGCGCCCGCGAGUACGUGUUCCAUCUGGCGUGCUUUGCGUGUGAUUCCUGCGGCCGGCAGCUAUCGACGGGCGAGCAGUUCGCAAUCUGCGAGGAUCGCGUCCUGUGCAAGACGCACUACAUGGAGCUGAUCGACGACGGGACGACAUCGAGCGAGGAUGGGCUGGAUGCGGACGGGAAUGGGAAGAACAAAACCAAGCGCAUCCGGACGACGUUCACGGAGGAGCAGAUCCAGAUCCUGCAGGCCAACUUCCAGGUGGACAGCAACCCGGAUGGGCAGGAUUUGGAGAGAAUUGCGCUGGCGACGGGGUUGAGCAAGCGGGUGACGCAGGUUUGGUUCCAGAACUCGCGCGCUCGCCAGAAGAAGCACGUGCAUGUACCACGAGCUCAGGAUCUGUUCAAUGGAAUGCGCUCAGAUCUGAACAAUAACAACAACAGCUGCAGCAGCAGCAACAGCAACGAUGGCCCACCCGGACACCAUCUCGGUGGCGUUGGGCCGGAGGAUUGCGUUCUCGGCAAGACUUCCAUCUUUAACUCGCACGGUUUCAUCAAUCUCGUGGUGUGACGCGACCAGCAGCGGGCAUACCAUCGCUGGAUGGAUGUUUGCGAUCAACAGUGCCAUUGACCAGAAUCGGAAGUACGCGGAUGAAGUCUGCGGUGUAAGCGUGUCACCGUGGAUCCGCGUUCCGUCCGGUUCCCUUCGUUCCCUGACGAGCUGCGCGCACAAAGCCACGUGCUUUGUGGUUUUGCUCGGCUGCAUCUUGGCAAUCUUGGAGGUCGGGACGAUGGACGAAGAAACAGUCUAAUGCAACUACCCGAGCCGACUGUUGUGUGGAUGGAUGGCAAUGGCUCGGAGUUCUAGGGCAAUGAAUUGAGCUAAGGUGCGUGCUUUUGUGUGCUUCGCUUCUACAGUGAAGCUUGCCAAGUGAUUUGUGUUUCUCGAAGUGCUCUGGAAUGUAAAGAAGAUCAAUUGAGGAUGCGAUUGAAUAAAACAAAUUGAAAGUCGAAAGUUUA